AGCAAGAAAGCGCUGACGCAGUGGACGCACCAGUUGACCUGGCGCCCCGACAGAUGCUGCGGUGGCACAUUCCACACUCCCAAGCGAAAACAUGUGCGUCGCAAGGCCGCAGAUGAACCCACGGCAAGAUGGACAGAAAUGGGAUUACCCGCUCCCGGCAACGCUUUGAUUCUGGUUAAAUACGGUACGACGCGCUUUCUCACUAAUCAGAACCGUACCAUGGUGAUCCGAAUUAUGGACGGCGCGUGGUCGCUUUGGUGUUUAGUGGGUUGCCUUUUGUUGGUGGGGUCUGCACUCCCACUGGUCCGGGCGGACGAGACUGGCCCGGUUGUGGGUGAGCUGCUCGAGCCGAACGAGUACGGUUCGAUCAGUCCCGAAGAUCUGUGCCAAAAUCUUUGCGGGGAGUGUCAAUGCCGCGGACGGUUGGUGAGCGAGAACCAGUGCCAGUGCAGCUGUGACUUUGCAGUGGACAGUGCGGGAGGACAACAAUGUACUUUGAAAGUGCAGCAGCUGUGCAGCAAGAUGGAUGUGCAGUGUGUUUUCAACGGAACAGAGGAAGCUUACGUCCGAGAGCCUCGCGGAUGUCACACGAUGUCGUGCUACGAGAAGGAGAUGCAUCACGAUGAAGGAGGCUACGACGGAUACGAGCAUGGUGGGGAAGGAUAUGGAUAUGACGAAGGAUACGGCCACGGCGUCAAGCAGUUGGUAUGCUGCAAGGACAAACACAAGCACAAGGAGAAGAAGCACAAGCACAAGAAGCACAAAAAGCACGAGAAGCAUAUGAAAUUUCACGUUGUGAUUAAAGGCAAAAUUCCCGAACAUUCUUGUCAUGGAGGACAUGAAGAAGGAGAGCAUUAUGAAGGAUACGAAGACCACGGUGGAUAUCGCGCAGCUCCCGACCGUCCCCAGAUGAAUCCGGCCCACAUGCCGAUGGAUGUGGCGGUGUGGACGAACCGUCAAAAGCAGGCCAAGAAGCACCCGUUCCGAAGACCUGUUCAUCACCAUCAGCAACCGUCACAUCACAGACCUGCAUCACACUACGGACGUCCACCAUCGUACGGACCUCCACCGCCGCCUUAUCCGGUCGAUUCCAGAGCGAAGUCUGCUGAUUCACCUUCCCCGGAACCGAGACCGGAACCGAUGCAUCACCCGCAGGAUACACAGCCACCAUCUCCUCAACAAGGUCCUCCGCCACCACCACCACAGCCGACACCACCAGCAGAGCCUGAAUCACCCCCAGUGACUCCAUUCCCCCAACACCAGCUGACUCCACCACCGAACCUGUACGACGGAGCCCCGGUUGGUCCGAAACCAGCUCCACAAAACUCCAACCAGGAACCUCCAAAGCAUCAUUCGUUCACUCCACCAUCACCACCAUCACCACCAUCACCUCCCGUGCGUCCACCGAUGAUCUCUGUCGAUCCUCCACCGAGGCGCAUAGAUUCAUCGAGAAGCUUCGACGAACCGAGUCACUCAAGCUGUCAGUUUGACAGCUACGAUUUUAACUAUUAUCAUCCCCCACCUCCACCACCUCCACCACCGCCAUCAUCCUACCGAUCGUUCUAUUCCUCUUACGUCCCAUCCUACCCCACCAGUCACUACCAUCCUCAUGACCAAUACGAUACACCUGAAUACUAUCCCGAGAAGCCUGUUGAGUAUAGCAAGUAUGAUGACAAUUCGAAUGAGCAUCGCGCCUACCAGUCAUCCCACGGGGUGCAUCCACUCUCCGACAACGAGGUAGAGGACUGGCCCGAAUAUCCACCCCGCUAUCCGUCCGACAUGCACAUGUACAAUCAGAUCAUUAGUCGGCAGAUCAUCGAGGUCGACACUGCCCUCGGGUACACGGACAAACCGUUCCAGCCGACACCGCGCCCACUGCGGGAUGAGUUCGAGCCACCGACGGCCGAGGUAGGCCCAAUACUGUUCGAGUCGACCGGUCCGGCGGACAAGAACUACGAAAUGUAUCCGGUGCCGACACCACCGCCGGAAGCGUUCAUUCCAGCCGUACCUGCACCACCGACCGUACCGUUUGAGUUUGCCGAUCCGGAAAGUGGCCCAAUCUUGUUCCCGCCCAACUCGGAGGAAGCGUUGUAUCCGCAGCCAACGCCACCACCGCACUAUCUGCUCGCGAAGGAGGCUGGCAGUAUGAGUUCAUUUGGCUUUGAGCAUCAGCAGCAGCAGCAGCAGUUUCAGCAACAUCCAUGGGGACCAACAUUCGACGGUGGAUCGUCGUGGGGCUAUAGUCGAAGUGCGGCUGGACCGAGUCAGUUCCAUUCGGGGUCCAGUAGGAGCAGUGCGCCCUGCAGUCGAAGGUAUCAAUGAUCGGGGAAAUCAAAGGAAAUGUAGUCUAAGUGAUGAUAGGUUAGGAAAUAAUUAGUUAAAAUAAUAUAAAUGUCUGAAAUUA